GAGAGGCAUUUCAUAUAUGAUAAGAGUGAAGAGUUUGAUGUAAUUGAAGAGGACUCGAAGAUCGGCCAAACAAAUAAAUAACAGGAAACCCCAUAUCCAUCAGUUUGGGCUCAACCGAAAAAUGUUUCCUAAACAUGUAUAAAACACCAGAUAAAGAGAGAGAGACAGAAAGUGAGUUGGAGCUCUUAAUUUCAUUCGAAGGCUACCUGUCUGCGUCUGCCUUGUGCCCCUGUCGUCUGUGAUCAGUUGCUUCUCUGUGAAUUGUGAAUUCCGUCGGUACGAAGACCGCUCUUGCGAAAUCCAAUCUCAGUUGUUGAUUUUAUUAUUCAUAAUCCUGCAUCAUCCAUAUGCACCUUUCUAUUUGACGGACCAGUUCAACCAAGGAGAAAAAGUAUGUGUCCUUCAUGACUUGAUGUUCCUCUGCUGUUAGAAAAACAAAAGGUUAAAAGAAGAAAUUGAGGAUGGAGAUUGUUUACCAGCCAUAUAUUGAUCCUGAAUAUGAAUCUCUCAUCGAAAGAAUACACCCUCCCAGGGUUUGUAUAGAUAACGACGCAUGCCAAGACUGCACUCUCGUUAAGGUUGAUAGCGCAAACAAACACGGGAUUCUACUGGACAUGGUCCAAGUCCUCACAGAUCUUGACCUGGUUAUCUCCAAAGCUUAUAUUUCCUCCGAUGGUGGAUGGUUUAUGGAUGUGUUCCACGUGACAGACCAGCUUGGGAACAAACUUACUGACCCGACCCUCAUUCUUUACAUCCAACAGGCUCUCUGUGCUAGUAGGGGAGGAGGGGUUCCGGAGGAAGCAAUACAAAGAGGCCUAAACAGAGAAUACGUGUCCGCGGAUUACACAGCCCUGGAGAUGACUGGGAUAGACAGGCCGGGUCUAGUGUCCGAGAUAUCAGCUGUGCUUGUCGAAUUGGGUUGCAACAUCGCUGCUGCCGUUGCAUGGACCCACAACACCCAUUGGGCUUGCGUAAUUUACAUAGAAGAUGGCCAAAUUGGUGGGCCGAUCGUAGACCAUGAUAGGCUGGCCCAUAUACAAGAGCAGCUGGCUAACGUCGUUGAGGCCCAUCACGGGAAGGGCGAGAGGAGCAGCGUCAGGCUGACUGCUCCUGUUUCCGGGCGUACUCACACAGAGCGCCGGCUUCACCAGUUGAUGUACUCUAGUAGGGACUAUGAGAGUUGCCAUGGCUGUAACGGAGGUGCCGGCCACUGGGCUGGCUGCACCAAGACCCACGUCUCCAUAGAGCCUUUUAAGGAGAAGGGCUACUCGGUCGUGAAUGUGAAGAGUAGAGAUCGGCCUAAGCUCUUGUUCGACACGGUUUGCGCACUCACAGAUUUGCAGUACGUGGUGUUCCAUGCAGCAGUUAGCUCGAAGGGCACCACGGCUCGUCAAGAGUAUUUUAUAAGGCAAAAAGAUGGCUGCACUUUGGAUACAGAGAGCCAAAGGCGCAAGCUUACUAAGUGCUUGAUCGCAGCAAUUGAAAGAAGAGUUCCCCAUGGAUUGAGAAUGGAUAUAUGCACAAAAAAUCGAAUGGGACAACUCUCAGAUAUCACAAGGGUGCUUCGGGAGAAUGGGCUAUCAAUAUCAAGGGUAGAGAUGGGGACAAACGGUGAAAGAGCGACCGGAGCAUUUUACGUCACUGAUACAUCAGGGCAUGAGGUGGACACAAAGACGGUGGAGUUGGUGAGGCAAGAGGUUGGGGGGUCAAUCUUGUUGGUUCACAGGUCCUCAGGUUGGAGUUCUCACCCUUCCUCAUCUAGUAUUAGCAGGACCAGCAGCGGUGAGGUGGAUGAUAGACCGAGAUUCUCGCUAAGGAACUUACUGGGGUCUCAACUUGAACGCCUUUCUAGCAAUUUUGGACCAAUCCGUCCAUGAAGAGUUCAUAAUACACAGUUUUUAUGCUGUGGUUCCUAUGUAUGCAGAUUAGGUUUGUGUGUAUCAGAAGCUGAUGGCCUUUACUACUGUAGUCUUCAAAUUUACAUAAUGUUUUUCAUAGACAAAAUGCUUCUUGCAUAUAGCCAAACAAAAUGCUUAUCGCAUAUAGCAAUAACAAUAGCACACCAACCUAGUAGGCAUUACACAUGCGCGAAUUUCUCAAAAGCUUCUUAGCUAUGACUUUUGAGUUUCCAGGAAGUUGUUUCCCACAUAUAUCACUCGUUCAGCAAACAAAGGUGGAAAACUAAGAACUAAAGUACACACGAAAAUCAACUAGGCUUUUCCCAAAUUUAUUAGCAGCGCAAACUGCAAAGCUCAAAUGGUACGGGACUACGAGAAGGAAGUUUUAUCGUAUGGGACUACUAGACCAGAGUUUAAUUUCUGGAUCUCAAGGAUAGAAUAAAAUCCUACUUUCGAUCCAUAUUCUCCAUUCCCCAGAAUUAGGUUUGAUUCAAAAGAAUCUCUUCACACCACAAACCUCCUCAGGGGCCCCAUUUACGUCCAGCUUUAUCUCCUACAAGCUUAGCCUAGACGUCUAGUAACGAGGCCAGGCCGUCCUGCCAACUACAAUCCAUACAUGACAAUACAGGUAAUUCACCACCAAAUCAAUAUGACAUGCCAACUUAGU